GCUGCUGCAUGCAGCUCCCCCACUAGCCGCGGUCAUUGGUGCCAAUGCUCAGGCGCCCGCUGCCCUUGACCUCCGGCCCCCCAAGCCCUAACCCAGCACAGGAGGACCAGCCACUGCCGCCAGGCUCUGAUGCUGGUCUCUGGUAGAAGAAGGUUGCUCACAGCUCUGCUGCAGGCUCAGAAGUGGCCCUUUCAACCCUCCAGAGACAUAAGACUAGUGCAGUUCCAGGCACCCCACCUAAUGGGGCCUCACUUUGGCCUGGAGACAGGGAAUGGUGGAGGGGUUAUCAACUGCAAUGCCUUUGACUCUAUGCUCCCCAAGAUGAUGACACAGUUCCUAGAGCAGGGAGAGGCCACCCUCUCAGUGGCAAGAAGAGCCUUAGGUACCCAGUUGCCAGUCCUAUCACGGUUGGAAGUAACCUUCCUGGCUCCAGCCACGUGGCCAGAUAAGGUGCUUUGUGUGGGCAUGAAUUAUGUGGACCACUGCAAAGAACAGAACAUGCCUGUGCCCAUGGAACCCAUUAUCUUCAGCAAGUUUGCCAACUCCAUCGUGGAGUCCUAUGAUGAGAUGGUCCUCCCACUGGAGAGCCAGGACGUAGACUGGGAAGUGGUGGCCGUGGUCACUGGAAAGAAAGGCAAGCACGUCAAGGCCACAGAGGCCCAUGUGGCUGGCUUCACUAUGGCUAAUGACGUGAGUGCUCAUGACUGGCAAAUGAGACAUAAGGGGAAACAGUGGCUGCUGGGAAAAACCUUCGACACCUUCUGCCCUCUGGGCCCGGCCUUGGUAACCAAGGACAGUGUAGCAGAUCCACAUAACUUAAAGAUCUGCUGCCAAGUGAAUGGGGAAGUGGUCCAGAGCAGCAACACCAACCAGAUGGUGGUUAAGACAGAGGAGCUGACAGCCUGGGUCUCCCAGUUUUUCACCUUUUACCCAGGGGAUGUCAUCCUGACUGGGACCUCCCCAGGUGUCGUUGUAUUCAGGAAAUCUCCUGUCCUUCUCAAGAAGGGGGAUAAAGUCCAGUGUGAGACUGAAGAACUAGGUGUCGUCAUCAGCUAGGUGGUGUGA